AUGAUACUUUUUCAGAAGGUGAUUUUGUCUCUUCUGGGCGUGGCUCUUCUGGCCUCCGUGGCUCAAUCUGGUGGACACGGAGGUGGUGGUGGACACGGAGGAGGAUAUGGGGCCGGAGGCUUCGGAGGAGGUGGACACGGAGGUGGAGGCUACGGAGGCGGAGGACACGGAGGUGUUGGGUACGGAGGCGGAGGACACGGAGGUGGUGGCUACGGAGGUGUUGGUGGAACAUCGAACAACAACUUCAACCUCGCAGGCCCUAAAGGUGGUGGAUAUGGUGGCGGCGGCGGUGGAUAUGGUGGCGGCGGUGGAUACGGUGGCGGCGGCGGCUACGGAGGCGGCGGCCAUGGCGGUGGUGGCUUCGGCGGCGGUGGAUACGGUGGUGGCGGCCAUGGCGGAGGUGGCUAUGGUGGUGGUGGUGGCGGCGGCGGCUAUGGUGGUGGUCAUGGAGGAGGGUACGGAAAGUAA